ACGUUUCCCGAAAAUAAAUGGUUGUAUGAGAGCGCCACAGUUAUCAAGGGGAUGGAGAGCAGCUCUGCGGCCAGCGAUUAUCCAGCUGCUGCUUGGGUCAAUAUCGGCAUGCUGCUGGGCCGGUUUGACGGACAGUCCAGGGUGCUUCUCAGAGCACUGAUGUCCGGAGCUUCUGGAGCCAACACAGCGCUGACCGUGUUCCGCAGGCAGCAGCGGGCAAACCCCGAGACUUCACUGGCUCACUUCAUACAGACACUGUGCAGCGAGGAAGUUGCCUCGCCAGAAGCUGAAGCUUUGACACUUUCAGUUAAACCACUUGUGUGCCUGUUUCCACCACUGUUCAAACAAAACCUGCUGACCUUCCUCUACUUGGUGUAUUCUGCUGUUCCUGUGCCCGCUGUCAUCCUGCUGCUCAAAUGCCUCCGUCAGGACUCAAAGCCAACCCCCUGGGUGAGAACUCAGAGUAGACUCUUGGAGAGAAAACUGGAGAUGAACCACAAGGAUCCUCUAUACUCUGAACAAUGCAGCCAGAAACUGAAGAAGCUAUUGGAGCGUCUGGGAGGUUUUUGCGAGACUGGAGGUUGGGCCGACUGCUUUAACAGUCAAACAGAGGAAUAUGAGACACAUGCUGGACCUGAUUUAUCCGAGCCCGAGACACAACGGAAAAGACGGGCCAGCUUCGACCAUGUGGACGCAGACAGCAAGGAAACGGUUCAAGAAAGUAAAAGGAUGAAGAUGGACAUGCACAUAGAUGCAGAAGAAGAAAAAGUGAGGAUGGACACACAAGGAGGAACUGAAAGUGCUGCUAAAACUCUUGCAGAUGGACUGCAUGAUGGCCUGCCUGAACACAUCAGGGGCUCUGUUCUUCACAUGAAAGAAUUGCUGGAAAGUCAGGCUGAGUGGGACCAGAGCUCCACAGAUGUGUUCAAAGUGUUAAAUGAAUGCGACCCGAGCCAAGUGGAAAUGUUGUGUGAGAUGCUCAAUUUUCCUAAUUUACCGGAACACACACUGCCUAAGCUGUGCAACGGUAUUUUGUCCCUCUCUCCUGACUUGAGCUACGGUGCUGCAGCAUCUCUCAUUAGGAGCAUCCUGCUGGAAAAGAUCUCGACCCUGUCAGAGCCAGCCUCUAGAUGUUUGGCAACAUCGGUAACUUCCCUAUGCAGCCGCUAUGCCAGACCGAUGUGCAACGCUGUCAUCGAACCAGUGCUGGAGGGCAGGAACAUAGGCCCCCCGCAGACGGAGCUGCUGAACAGACUCAUAGAAAGUUGUCUGGAUUUCCACUACAGACUGCUGGUGCUUCAAAAGACUUUCAGGAUUCCUUGGAGUGAAGCGGUGCUCUCUGUUAUCCACAGCUUGCUCGACUCUAAGCUGGUGUUAAAUGAAGAAGUUUUCACACAGUUCACAGAACAGCUCCUCAGCCAGGGACCUCGCUUCACCAAAUCUGUGAAAUUUGCCAAAAUGAUGUUAACAGUUCUCACCAAAUACAGCAGCCACGUGACUGCUGCUCAGAAACGCUCCUUGAUGAGCUGCCUGAAUUUAAAUGAGACUUUCCUAAAGAAAUCGCUUCAAGCUGCUUUGAAACGAAUCCCAGACACAUGAUUCUGUAUUUGAGUUAUUACAUGUUAAUAAAGAUGAAAAGAAAUUCACUCCACCUUAAUAACAUGCACCAUGUAAGACUGUGUUUUAACUCAUCCAUCACUGAACAUGAAUUGCCUGAAAUAUUUCAUGUUGUCACAUCAUCCUAUGGUGUAGUAGAUAUGCAAAUGAAAAUGUGAGCAACUACACACAAAACGUUUUUUAGUCAGAUUUGAAUUACUAACAAAAAAUAAUCAAGCAUAGAUAAAAUAAGUAAUACCUGAAUAUUUACAAUUUGUGUUAAACUUUUCCAGUAGUCAGAGGAAUGUUUUUGUUGGUUGACUUAAUGACUAUAGUAAAGUUACGCUGCUGGUGCACAUUUUGCACACGGAUCAGUUUAAAAAUAAUUUAUCAAACAAUUAACUUUCAUGUUAAUGACAGACUAGUUGUUUUUGCCUCCUGUUUCCAGCUGGACCUCCAAAAUCUAUUUCACAUGCAAAUAUAAAGGAGAUUGGCUGCUUGUACUUUUAAAUACAUAAUUAAAACUUAAGUAAUUUUUA